AACAAGCAUACGUCACUCACGACGACAAUGGAAAUGUAAUUGUUCGAGCGUGCGUUUUACCACACCACGCUAUCAUCAAAGAAGACAGUCUCACCACGAAGACUCGAAUCGUUUUCAAUGCAUCGGCAAAAACGUCCAACGGUCGCUCCUUGAACGAAAACUUAUGCAUCGGUCCUGCACUGCAAAACGAAUUGCCCGCUGUAAUUCUCAACUGGAGAUUCACCAGCCCCUGCGAUUGCUAUCUCGGUGAUGCACCAGAUUGCCAAUGAUGAGAAGGAGCAUUUUCCGCUCGCCGAAUCGAUUCUAAAGCAAGAAAUGUACGUCGACGAUGUACAAUCUGGCGGGCAUUCGAUCGAAAGUGCCUUAGCUAAACGAGAUGAUUUAAUCGGUGCACUCAAAUCAGCGGGUAUGGAGCUGCGGAAAUGGGGCAGCAACCAUCCAUCGUUAUUAUCAUCGAUUCCAAUUGAACAUCAAUCCAUAAAUUCAGCGUUAGAGUUCAACACGGACGAAACCGUCAAAACGCUCGGAAUGAUUUGGCAACCUGGCGCCGAUCAAUUCAAAUACAAACUCCGAUUUGAACCAGCAAAAAUUGCGACGAAACGAGCUGUUUUGUCAACAACUGCUCGCCUCUACGAUCCGUUGGGCUACAUCGCACCGGUUGUGGUCGUUGCAAAAAUCAUUCUCAAACGCAUCUAGGGCCAUAACUCAUCAAUUCACAGUGAUGCCCAAUCGAACAAAAAUACAGCGUUGAAUUGGGACGACGUUUUACCAGAAUCGCUCAACGCACUUUGGAGCAAAUUUCUGGUGGAAUUGCCUGACAUCGAGAAGAUAUCCAUACCAAGAUGGAUCCAAUUUGCGCCGAAUCAAAUUCAAUCAAUCGAGUUGCAUGCAUUUUGUGACGGCGCGACAUCAGCAUAUGCAGCAAAUGUUUACAUCCGAAUGCAGUACAGCAAUGGAUUGGUACACACGCAUCUACUCAUCGCCAAAAGCAAGGUAACUCCAACCAAACCAUUAACCAUUCCACGAAUCGAAUUGUGUGGAGCCGAACUUGCCACUCGAUUAGCAGUUUGGGUAAAAUCAAAUCUUCAGAUCUCAGUCGAUCAAAUUCCGAUUUACUUUUGGUGUGACGCAACGGUUGUGUUACAUUGGAUUCAUGGAGACAUCUCACGUUGGAAAACGUACGUCGCAAAUCGAAUUAGUAAAAUUUUAGCAUCAACGUCACCCAAACAAUGGAGCCAUGUUGGCACUCACGAUAAUCCUGCCGAUUGUGCCACACGUGGAUUGACACCGGCACAGUUAUCCAAGUUUGAUUUGUGGUGGAAAGGACCGGAGUGGUUAGUCAAACCGAAAAAGGACUGGCCUACAUUCAAACCGGGCAUCAUCAGCUUCACUGAGGAUUUGGCAGAAGUAAAGGCAUCAGAAAUUCAUGUUCAUGUGAGCAUUCAAACUGAAUCGAUUAUUAUGUUUCUGUAUUCAUCGUUAUACAAAUUGAUUCGGGUCAACGCAUGGAUUCGUCGAUUUCGUCACAAUGCACUCAACAAGUUGAAACGAAUGCAAGGAGAACUGACCGUAGCGGAAAUUCAAUCCAGUUUGUUCCAGUUGGUCCGUCUCGUGCAAGCUGAAGCAUUCGGUAAGGAGAUUAAAUGUAUUUCCAAUAAUGAACCUUUACCCAAGAAAUGUAAAAUUAGCGGAUUGGCACCAUUUUUGGAUGAACAAAAUAUUGUCCGUGUACGGGGCAGAUUGCAACGCUCCAAUUUACCGUAUCGUCAGCGCCAUCCAAUAAUUUUGCCUCAAAACCAUCAUUUCACCACACUGGUUAUCGACGAUGCACAUUCAAGUACAUUGCACGGUGGAACGCUCGUCACACUCACACACAUUCGUGGGUGUUUUUGGAUUGCAAACGGCCGACAUGCCGUUCGGUCACGUAUUCGCAAGUGUGUCACCUGCUUUAAAGCAAAACCAGAAACAACAACACAAUUGAUGGGAAAUUUGCCGUACAAUCGCGUUAAUCCACCUCAUCGACCGUUCUUAGCCACUGGAGUGGACUUCACUGGUGCAAUUGAACUCAAAGCAUCCAAAUUUCGUGGCAAUACGACGUACAAGGGAUACAUUGCUCUGUUCAUUUGCCUCGCAACCAAAGCUGUUCACCUCGAAGCAACGACGGGAAUGACAACUGAACAUUUUUUGUGUGCAUUGCAUCGUUUCAUCGGACGUCGAGGCAAGCCUCGUGAUAUGCACAGCGAUAAUGGCACCAAUUUCGUCGGUGCCGAGAAAAUCGUCGGUCACAAUUCAUUUGUAGACGCUAUCAACAAAGACAUUGUGCCAAAAUUGUCAAUGCAAGGCAUUCAGUGGCAUUUCAAUCCACCACAUUCGCCGAAUUUUGGAGGACUUUGGGAAGCCAACAUCAAAUCGCUCAAAUUCCACUUGAAACGAAUGAUCGAUGGCACACGACUCACAUUCGAAGAGCUCACAACUGUCUUGGUACGAAUUGAAUCGUGCCUAAAUUCACGUCCGCUUUGCCCAUUGACUGCCGAUCCGGAUGAAUUGGAUGUGCUCACACCUGGGCACUUUUUAAUUGGCGACACACUACUCGCCCCACCCGCUGAUCCAUCGAAAGAGCUGUCACUGAGCGCACAUUAUCUUACGUUGCAACGCAUGAUACAGCAAUUUUGGUCAAAAUGGUCAUCGGAUUGGUUGACACAUCUUCAAGCUCGACCAAAAUGGCACAACGAACAACCGAAUCUCCAACUAAAUGAUUUGGUUCUCAUCAAAGAUGAUCGCUUACCACCGAACGAAUGGUUACUUGGUCGCAUCAUCGAGCUACAUCCCGGAGCAGAUCAAUUGGUUCGCGUAGCAACAAUUCGCACGAAGAACGGCCCUUACAAACGAUCGAUCUCCAAAUUAUGCCGUUUGCCGAUUGCCACGUACACCGAAGCAUCCGCUUCCCCACAAUAGCAACACAUCACCAUCUUCGUUCGAGAAAUUUUCUUUCGGUGCUUUCUUUUAUUCAAUCAAAACGAAAGCCCAAGCCAGGUCAUCAUUUAUCAUUUUAUCAUUUAUCCCAAAAAAUUCACCCAUUCAUUUAUUAUAGAAAGAGCCUUAUUGUGAUUGAACCAUUUGAGAGGAGCCAAUGGAUACUGAAACAGACAGGAAGGAUGUGUGCCAUCGGAACGAGCAUUGCCGCAGGCGGCAAGGGGCAGCAUGUACAGUUUUCACUGGAUGGCAGCACUUAUUUAGUUCUAAAAACG